CGAGGCUUUUAGAAGCGACACCUUGAGCUGUGGAGCGGAGCGGAGAGAGAGAGAGAAGGGGCGGGCGACUGGGCGAGGGAAGCUAGUGAGGGGACCUGGUUCGCCAUCACCUUGUUUGGUUUCUCCUUCGUAAUGGACUAGAGCAGCUAACGGAUUGCUGUCUGACGAUAUGGAUUGGGGGCUCGGGAAGUCAAUGUCUCGUGACCUGGGAAACAGGUUGGGCAUUAUGAUUACGAUGCUUUAUAUGGCUAGUGCAACAACACAAGUAAUUCGGGAACAAGUGCGUUGGAGUUGAUGUGUUUGUUGGGGCUUUUCGAGAUGGACCAGAGAUUCGGAUGGAAGGAAACAGAAUCGGCAUUCUGAAACUGGAGGGUUCAUGUCGAAGGAUAGGUGCCUGAAAUGCGCCUGAGUCAUUUUUAUUGGUCAAGACAAAACAAUUCCAAGAAAGAAGUGAUUGCGAAUAAAGUUUUUUGCUUUCCUUUUUGAUAAAGGGAGAGAUUAGAUCAAGUGAUCACCAGAGUGGCCGACCAGUGAGCUGAUUGCUUUGUAUUUGUGAGUUGAUCUCAGCUUCUCUGAAGAAGUUUCUUUGGCUGUGAAUUGCUGACCACCUAAUUUUCAGCUGGAGAUCACUCCUAGGAGAACUAUAGAAGAUUUGACAUUUUAUAAAUGAAUUAUCUGAAGAUAACCAACUUCAAAUAAAUGGCCACAGAGAAUCCACUGAGAUUCAUAGGGAAUGAUGGAGCUGGGAACUGGGCCCUUGGAAAGGACCCAUCAGAAUUCUCAUCUUCAGGUAAUUUAGUUUCAGAAGAUUUGGGUUCACUUUUGGAGGGGCAAAAGUACCAUGGAAACAAGGGUAUCAAUGGUCUCAGUCGAAGUGGAAGUGCGCCACCAAGUAUUGAAGGGUCUUGUGCAGCAUUUGAUAUCUUAAAAGGCCAGAUUGCUGAAUUGGACGGUGGCUUGGAGAACUUAAAUGAUGAAGCACAAAAUUGUAAAUCUGAAGAGGAACUACGUGCUCAUCCAUCCUAUUUAGCAUACUACUGUGCUAAUGUAAACUUGAAACCAAGGCUUCCUCAGCCUCUUAUCUCUCGGGAGAACCGACAUAUGAUGCAACAGAUUGGAGGAAUUGGUCAGAGUAGGAGAUUGCCUUCAUUUGAUGACAACAGCAAGACAUCUUUCUUUGUCUCUCGACCUACCCUAUGUACUCAUGAUGAGGAACCUGAGGAUGAUAGGGCACCUAGAAUUGAACCCAGAAACUGGGUAGAUAAGAAAGCUGAUAUUCGUCCUUUCAUUUUGUCUGAUUCUGAAGGGCAGCAUAAUAAUCCGGUAGAUCUAGUGAAGGAGGAUUUUCCUCAUAUUUCAUAUCCUGAUCAUUCUCAUCCUUCAAGACAAUUAUUGCUAGAGCAAGAAUCCAAUCAUGAUUCCUUUUUGAAUGAUGUACAUGAUUCUUCCGUUAGCAUGACUAUGCUAGAACCAAGAAAAAACAGUGUGGGCCUCCACUCUUCUUCUCUUCAUACAAGUUCACAUUCAGUUGGAUCAAUAUUGAGAGGUGAUCUGGGUGGCAUGCCAAUUUUAUCUGCAACAUUGACUGAGAGGACAGUUAACCAAAUGGAAACUAGCAAGGCUGUCAGCAAUUUUGAGAACAGUGUUUCACCUAGUCCUGUGAUUGGAUUAGGUCUUGGUAAUAUCAAGGAUGAAAUGAGAAAGCUAAGGUUGUCUUCUGAUGGACAUUCAACCAGCCAAUCAAGGCGUCACCCUCAGCCAGGUAAUUUGCAUUCACAAGGCUCAUUUGCUCGAGCUCAGGUUGGUCAGUCUCAGAUGAUUUCUCAAGGAAUACAACAUUCUCAAAGUCCUCAUGGCCAUCCAAAAUUGUCAGUGGCUGAGGUGCAACCACUGUCACCAUCUUCUAGCAUUUCUCCCUUGUACAUAACAGCAGCGGCAUAUGGUACUCCAUAUUACCAUAGUUUGCAAUCUAGUAGCCUACUUCCUUCUCAGUUUAGCACAAGUGAAUGCACAUUAAAUCCCUCGCUAGUGCCUCCAUUUGAUCCCUCGCUAGUGCCUCCAUUUGUCACUGCUUAUUCUUAUCAUCAAAAUGCUAUUCCAGUGCCUUUUGAGAAUGCAGUCGGAUCUAACUUUAGUACUAGAGUUCCAGUAGUUUCUUCAGGGGGAAAUGGUUUUUUUGGAGUUGACAUCCAGCAGUUAUAUAAGAUGUAUGGUCAGUUGGGUUUAGCUAUGCAUUCUCCCUUAACUGAUCCUUCGUAUAUGCCUUUUUAUCAACAUCAUUCAAUCAAUGCUUAUAGCACUGCAACUGCAGAUCAAUAUGAGUCAAUGAUAUCCAGGGGAAAUGCUGUAGGGAGCUUACCAGGCCUCUAUGAUCCACAACAAGCUCAGGGUUCUUCUUCAUAUCUAGCUGAUCAACUACCUCAAGUCACGAGAGUUAGUGGUGUCAAUACUCUUAAUGUCACAAGAGGGGGCAGUGUCAGCCCUACUUACUAUAGGAGCCCUACGAAUAUUGGGGUAAUGAUGCAAUUUUCAAAUUCACCAAUGGGCAGUCCUGUUUUUCAAAGACCACCAGUGGCUGGAACAAGUUUUUCAGGAAGGGAAAAUGAGAACGUUAAGUUUACAUUCAACUCUGAGAGACAUCCUGGUUCUUUAUCAGGGCGCCAAAGCCAAAGAGGGCGCGAGAAGUUUGAUGAUUCAAAGACGUACUCUUUGCUUGAAGAGCUCAAGUCUAACAAAGCUCAUAGAUAUGAAUUGUCUGACAUUGUUGGACGUGUGGUGGAAUUUAGCGCUGACCAACAUGGGAGUCGAUUUAUCCAGCAAAAGUUAGAGACUUGUAGUGUCGACGAGAAGGCUUCAGUUUUCAGUGAAGUACUUCCACAUUCCUCUUCAUUAAUGACUGAUGUAUUUGGGAAUUAUGUUAUUCAGAAGUUUUUUGAACGUGGGAGCCCUGAGCAGAGGAAAGAGCUAGCUAAUAAACUUGUUGGCAAUGUCUUAGCUUUGAGUCUUCAGAUGUAUGGUUGUCGUGUUAUUCAAAAGGCUCUUGAGGUCAUCCAUCUUGAUCAGAAAACGCAGCUUGUGCAAGAACUUGAUGGAAAUGUGAUGAGAUGUGUUCGCGAUCAGAAUGGAAAUCAUGUAAUUCAAAAGUGCAUUGAGUGUAUACCAGCAGAAAAAAUUGGCUUCAUAAUAUCUGCGUUUCAUGGUCAAGUUGCAACACUCUCUACACAUCCUUAUGGUUGCCGUGUGAUUCAGAGAGUCCUGGAGCACUGUAGCGAUGAAUCUCAAAGCCAAUUCAUUGUGGAUGAGAUUUUGCAGUCAGCUUGCCUGCUUGUACAAGAUCAGUAUGGCAAUUACGUCACCCAGUUAUGCCAUUUUCAGCAUGUUUUGGAGAGGGGAAAAGCACACGAAAGAAGCGAGAUCAUCAGCAAAUUAUUUGGGCAAAUCGUGCAGAUGAGUCAGAACAAGUUUGCUUCAAAUGUUAUAGAAAAGUGUUUGGCAUAUGGUAGUACCGAAGAGAGGGAUCUCUUGAUCAAGGAAAUGGUUGGACAAACCGAAGGAAAUGACAAUUUAUUGGUGAUGAUGAAGGAUCAAUUCGCAAACUAUGUGGUUCAGAAGAUUCUCGAAACAUGCACCGAUAAGCAACGGGAAAUCCUGCUUGACCGCAUCAAAGUUCAUCUGCCGGCUUUGAAGAAGUACACUUUCGGGAAACAUAUCGUGACCCGAAUCGAACAAACAUACGGUGAAGAUGCCCUUGAAUCCUAAAACAAGAGAAACCACUUGCAUUUGCAACCCUAAUGCUGGAGAACUCCAACAAAGGCCUCAAGGUGGCUUCUGUCAUGCCUUCUACAAUGCACAGGUCAGUCUUAGUACAAGUAGAUUCAUACUUUAGGUGUAUAUUGCUUCUAUAAUAAGACGAAAAUUCGGUAUAUCCUUGUGUAUUUAAACUAUUUAUAGGUGUCUAGCUUAGGAUAUUCGAAGGUAUAUAUCGAUAGUAUCGUACGUCUUGUGUUCCUCCUAGAUUGCUUGAUAAUAUAUCUCUGAUUUGCCUAAACCUUUCUUGUAUUUUUAUUUUUUAAGCAAAGUCUAAAAAUUGUAAAAAACGUGUAUCUAUUUGUGAUACUUUCAGUAUUGAUUUUAAGAUCUUA